AUGUAUAUGAACGUCAUAUUAUUAAUAUUUAUAUUUCUGUCUAUACUCCCUGCAACAGAAGCACUGAGUAAUACAAAGUUAAUCAACGGAGUGAAAAAUUAUCUAAAUGGUUAUGAGACGAUGGUAAUAGCGUUACAGAAACAAUAUUCUACAGAUAUGCUAACAGAUUAUUUAGUCAAAUGUGUGGAUGACUCUAAUUAUAUUGUUGGCUUGAAUGCUCAUAAAUUAUCACCACCCGGAUUGGUGAUUAUAUUACCCGAUCUCACUGUAGCGCUUGAUAACGGUAAAGUAACGGAAAAAAACAUUGAUCCAGUGACAUAUGCAACCUUUGUACCAUUUCGUCAAAGUAACAAUAUGACAGUUAGUCACUCUGCAGUGAUUCCGAUAAAGCCCAAUCCCGAUUACAUGGAAAUCGCACCAUAUAUAGUUGCUAAAUCAAUUGAAUUUGUCUAUGGAUUUUAUACUUUAUUCAUACAGCAUAAGACAAACCGAAUAUCGUACCUUGUAUACUCAGCUUCGACAAAAACUUAUAUACAUAUAUUAACAACACUUAAAGAUCAAAAUGGUCAUAUUGCAUUAGGGACAAGUUUAACCGAUCAAAAUGUAUUAACUUCACUUAAUAAAACAAAAACAUUUAAUGGAAACAUGACAGCUUUUGGAACACCUUAUCAGGCUCUGUUUAAAUUUUUUCGCUUUUAUAAUCGAACGAUUUUAAUUGCUGCUUACACUCUUAACUACUAA